AUCUACAGCCUUCUUCAUAUCUACUUUCAUACAAAAUUCAUAAAUGGAGAGCAAAGACGUAGGGUUCUUCGCGGUUGUGGCCGUACUCGGAAUAAUAUCAGCCGCUACAGGUUUUGCAGGGGAGGCCACUAAGAUUAAGGCUUCUGAAGUUUAUAUCUUGGCCAAUUCAUGCAUUUAUCCAAGUAGUCCAGCUCUCGCCCUUGGAAUUGUAGCAGCUGUGUUCACGAUUAUUAAUCGAAUUUACAUAAGUGUUACUUUUGGCGGAUGUAGUUGUUGUCGAAAUGACCCUAAUUCCACCCCAAUUUCAAAACUUCUUGCUGUAUUAUCAUGGGUUGCUACAGUUAUAGCUGUGUCUCUAUUGCUGACAGCUGCAGGACUGAAUAAUAGAGAAGGUGGACAGAUUGAUUCAUAUGGUUAUAUAACAUGUUACGUUGUGAAACCUGGAAUCUUUGCUGCAGGAGCUGUGUUAGCUCUUUUAAGUGCAGUUUUUGCAAUUGCUGCUUAUAUAACCUUAACUCCAGCGCCACAACCCACAACCACAAAUCCAGCAGUUGCAUUCCCAGUGGGUACUAAUGUUGAUCUAGAGAAAAAUCCAGUACAAUACCCUCCCCAACAGUAUCCUGCACAACAAUAUCAAAAUUAAAAUUUGAGUUGUAAAUCCAUCAAUUGAUCAUAGUCUGUGGAGUCGUUCAACCGGGACCAAUCAUCAUCAAAACAAGAUAGACUGUUUUACGCCUGUUUCAAACCUACACUUUUGUUUGCUUCAUAUAGCGAUCAUGUAGAUUGUACGUACGGAUAAAUCUUUGAAAAGGGGGUUGGUUUGAUGAACUUUCUAAUUAUUAGGGAUGUGUUUUGGAUUUCCAUGUUUCUACGUUGUAUUAUAUCAAUUUGUAUAUUUGACUUCUUGUUGAUGGUUUGAAUUGUAACUUAUUGUUUCGUUUAUGAAUCUUUAGUUUGCGGUUUGUUUGAUGUAAAAGAUUAUUCAAAAUUUGUUUAGCUGAAACCAUAAAUAAAGUAAAUGUGUUCC